GUGAACUUCGACACGCUGGCGCAAAUUCGAUGUGAGCUUUCUGCGUUGAAAAUUGCAGAAACAGGCAGAUCCGACGUGAGAUUAUCGCAAGUUGAUCCUAAAGUCUGCCGAACAGGCAUUUAUUGCAACACCGUAGGCCAACAGCGAAUUCGAUAUGGUCGCUUUUCCGGACUCAGAGAUUGAACCGACGUUGAUGAAUGGCAGUGGCCUCGUACCGAUAGACAACAAUCGAAACAACAAUGUUAGUCUAGCGAACACCACCACUAACGUUGGAAGAGUCAGAGACCAAGUUUUCACUAUACCUCGUGUAACAAUGCCGAACGACAAGGACAACUAUGACCUGAAAUUCGACAAUACCGACAAAAGCAAUGACAAUAAGCAGAAUGUGGACAUCAAUCCGGAACCUGUUUUUGUGAAGAAAAUCGUCGCCGGCUUAAAAACACCUGGCGGUCAGAUGGACAAGAAGAGCACGCCCGAUGGAGUAAAUGGAAAUGGAUCUCUCUCCAGCGGCAGUUCCAUAAUCACGAUUUCGUCGGAAGCUGUUUUGGAUCCUGACGCGGAACGUAAUAGGAAUCCAAGCGGUCAUGGAGGCAACAAGAAUAUCAGAAACGAAAAAUGGUAUCACACGAUUCUACAAGUGUCAGUACCCUUCUUAAUCGCUGGUUUGGGAACCAUUGGCGCCGGUCGUGUUCUCACCAUGGCGAAAAAUAUGGUCGCUUUUAAAGAUGUUCCUCAGUUAAUGAUCUUAACUACAGCGCUGCAGGGUCUGAAAGGCAAUCUCGACAUGUGUUUGGCAUCGCGGUUAUGCACACAAGCAAAUUUAGGCAACAUGAACAACCGUCGGGAGAUUAUCAAGAUGAUCGUCGGAAACGUCGCCUUGGUGCAAAUCCAGGCGAUCGUCGCGGCUGUUUGUCUGUCGUUGUUCGGUAUGGGGGUAGGCGCGAUCAAUGGGAACGACUUCGAAUGGAAUCACGCGGUACUGCUAACGGUUUCAUGUAUGUGCACGGCGACUAGUUCCUGCUUUAUCUUGGAUUUCGUUCUGAUCGCCGUGAUCAUGAUAUCCUAUAGAUACAAAAUGAAUCCAGACAAUCUGACGACUCCUCUAGCCGCGUCUAUCGGUGACGUCGUGUCCAUCAGUAUUCUCUCCACCGUUGCAUCAGAAUUUUACAAAAGGCUAUACACACAAGUAUGGAUACUGUACAUCGUUAUAGGAAUGUACUUGGUGCUUUUGCCGAUUUGGAUUAUAAUCGUGCUGAAGAACAAAUACACGAGAACAGUAUUAAAGUCUGGCUGGGUCCCCAUUCUGUCUGCUCUUAUGAUCAGUGGCGGAGGUGGAUUAGUUCUUGAGAGAAUGAUCGACUUUUAUAAAGGAUCUGAAGUCUUUCAAUCAGUCAUUAAUGGGAUUGGCGGCAACUUAGUAUCGGUGCAAGCGUCUCGAAUGUCAACCAUGUUGCACCAGACUUCUAUCCUGGGAAUUCUACCACCACACGACAAAAUUUGUGUGACACCGUGGGACGCGCUUUUCGUAGGAUCAAUAUAUGCCAAAACCGCAAGAUUGCUCCUCGCUAUGGCCAUCCCCGGUCAAUUGAUCUUUGUUUUCAUCGCUAAUGCUUUAAACCCGGGCGAUUGCAAGAUACAUGUAUACUUUGUAUUCUUUUAUGUAACUGCUUCCUUAUUGCAAGUAAUGCUUCUGUUGUACGUGGCACACAUAAUCAUUCACGCGAUGUGGAGGUGCAAAACCGACCCAGACAACUCGGCGAUCCCCUACUUAACGGCACUGGGUGAUUUGAGCGGAUCGCUGCUCUUAGCGUUAGCUUUCUUCUUUGUAUAUUUGAUACAGAGACCGUAUUGUUUCGAUUAAGUGAAACGUAAAUCUGAGGUAGAAGUAAAGUCAUCGCACAAGUACAAAUGCACAUAUACACAUAUACACAAACAUACGGCGUAAAGAACUUUUAACAAUCCCUGAUUUUCUCAUUAUGAGACACGAGGAUUGGGUACUCUGUGCUGUCAAAACAAUUUAAAUGCCUUGCUUCAUGGUAUUAUAUAACUCGAGAUGACUCGCGAAACUGAAAAAUAACGAUAAAAUAAUGUCAAGAAGCGAGAUACAAUGAGGGAAAUACUCAGAUCACAAAAAUAUCUUUGUUAACAAGAAUUUCGAAAGACAGUUGUCAGUAAUGUUUCUGUACACAUGUAACCGGCUGUGAACUACAAGUGUGAUGAUCAUGAAGCAGCACGAUAAUUAGCAGUUUUAGAAUAUAUAUUUCACUUUUUUUUUUCACAGAACGUCACAAACCUCUUGCAAAUGAAUAAGUGCCUAGUCAAUUUAAUAGUAAACAAUACGUACGUUCGAAAACUGUCUAGAAGAUAUUUAGAUUCAUUAAAAAAUCAUCAGCCUUUUAGCCAUCCACAGAAACGUCUCUCAGCGUUUUAGAAGAUUUGUAAAUAAAUAGAUUGCGCGCAUCGUCCUGACGAAGAAUUCCCGUCGCCACACGAAAUAAGCUAAUAGUAUCGCGACGUGUUCUAACUUGAAGUGAUAAUAACGUAUUCUUAAAGAAAUAUAGCAACAUGUUUUAACUGUAAGCGAUAGCGAUCAUAAUUUAUAUAGUGGCCGUGAAGAACCGGAGCUACGAGCAAAGCGAGCGAAUCAAGUGCCAAGAAUUCCUGUAUUUUUUAUCUUGAAAGUCGCAAGAUGUCCAAAACGAUCAUCUUACCACGAAUGGGACAUCAUUUAAUUGCACAAUCGUACAAUUGCAUCGCAAUUGCGGCUCAAUUAAAGCAUUUCAAUGACAUAUUAUUAAAGCAAGCGUUGAUUACUACUUCUCGUCACAAUCUUACACACAUAUAUUUUAUUUAAUUACGUAACGGCCUUUGGGACACGCCUUACGUAAUACUCAGACAAUGCCACGAAUUAGUAUGCGUUGAUUAUUUGUCUUUGAAUAGAUGUAAGGAAUUCGCAUUUCGAACGUCCACCUUCGCAGCACGUUGAACAUGACUACAAAAUACUCCAAAUAUCGCUGAUCCAAUUUUAAUCAAAAUACUUUAAUUUUAAUGUU